UUUCAAAAAAAAAAAAAAAAAGGAAAAGAAAAGUAUUUUCUCGGCAGUAGCAGCUCUAGUGGAAUAUAACAGUUAUAAAUGGCCUCAACGACAACAAAUCAAAAUCAGAAUCAUAAAACACCGAAUGAUGAGGGUGCUACCGAAAAUUUGAUGAACAAUAAAUCUCACAGAGAUGAUAAAGGGGAAGGAGAAGAAGAAUUUGACGUUGACAAGUCUACGGCCGCCGUUGUGGUGCCACCUGAUAGCGGUUGGGCUUGGGUGGUAAUGGUUGCGUCAUUCUUUUGCUGCACUGUAAUCGACGGCAUUGUCUUUUGUUCGGGCCUUAUACAAGUCUCAUUAAUUGAAGAAUUUCAAGUGUCCAAAGGUUAUGUGGCGUUUGUCUCAUCACUAUUAAGCGGUUGUUAUCUGAUUGCUGGACCAUUUGUGAGUGCUUUAGCCAAUCGUUUUGGUUUCCGCCCAGUUACUAUAGCUGGCGGUUUAUUUGCAGCUGCCUGCUUUGCUGUAUCCAGUUAUGCUACCAGUGUUGAAUGGCUAUUCAUCACCUAUGGCAUCUUAGGCGGUAUUGGUUUUUGUAUGGUUUAUAUACCAGCCGUUGUCAUUAUUGGUUUUUACUUUGAAAAAUGGCGAGCUUUAGCAACAGGCUUGGCUAUGUGCGGCUCAGGUGUGGGCACAUUCGUAUUUGCGCCUUUAUCGAGUUACCUAUUGGAGAAUUACGGUUGGCGUCAAACAAUGCUGGUUCAAGGUGGUAUUAUAGUAUCAUGCGCUAUAUUCGGUAUGGCUUUCCGACCCAUACAACCCAUUACACUGGCAGUAACUGAUGGCGACAAUGCAGAUGCUGAACAAAAUAAGCAUAAAUUAAACGGCCAUACAAAUAAAGUAGCACCGAAAACACAAUUUGCGGCGAAUGCUUUCAGUAAGCCAUUGCCGGAGGGACGGUUUGCUUAUUCUAUGCCCAAUUCGGCUCAUAACACUUACAUGGGACAAUCGCCUAAACAUCACUAUCCGACGGCCGCGGAGGUUUUCAAAGGUGCAAACUUAGAGCGUAGAUUAUCAGGAGCGUCGGGUAAAAGUACGGAAAUGAAAAGUUUACGCAAAUCUCAACCCACCACACCUAAUGGCGAAGCUCAACAGAUUACGUUCAAUUUGAACAAAGAAUUGUCAACGGUGGGCGAGAACGAAGAAGAAACUGAGAAUGAAAAUUUGUUAACCUCAGGACCAAAGCCAGAGAUAACCCAAGGACGUAGGCACACUGUGUCCGGUAGACGGUCUCAAGAUUUGACUAAACGCAGUAACGUGGGCUCGCAAGAAACAGUACACGCUACCGUCACCCGUCCCAUGUAUCGUGAUGAUAUUUUCUUUUCUGGCUCUUUGACGCGCAUACCGCAAUAUCAAUCUCAAACUUCUUUAGCCUAUCAUAUGUCGGUGACACGUUUACCUACUAAACAAGAUGAAUUGGAGGAACGUCAAAAAGGUUGCCACCUAUGCCCGGAGGCCGUCAGGCGCACUCUAUCAACGAUGUUGGAUACUUCCCUGCUCAAAUCGCCCUCAUUCAUGUGUUUGGCUUUCUCUGGAUUCCUAACUAUGAUGGGCUUUUUCAUACCGUUCACCUUUUUAGUGCCGCGAGCAGAAUUGGCCGGCAUGUCAGCGAAAUCGGCUUUAGGUGUUGUGUCCGGUAUUGGUUUAGUUAACACAAUUGCUAGGGUUUUAUGUGGCUCUAUAUCAUCGUUUCCGAGCGUGAAGCCUUUACUACUUAAUAACGUCGCCAUCACGGCUGGCGGUAUUGCGACAAUGUUUAGUGGUGUUGUGAUUACACCAGCUACGCAAUGGACGUUCGCGGUACUAUUCGGUGUUUGUAUUGCAUGCUUUUCAGCGUUACGCUCCAUUAUAGCAGUGGAAAUGAUUGGCUUGGAAAAGUUAACAAAUGCUUUCGGUUUCUUAAUGUUAUUUCAGGGUCUGGCAGCGACUGUAGGCAGCCCCAUUGCCGGUGUUUUAUUCGAUAUGACAGGAAGUUACGACGUGUCCUUCUAUUUUGCUGGCGGUUUAAUAUUGCUUUCGGCCUUCCUAUGCUAUCCACUUACUUGUGUUUCGAAUUGGGAGAAGAGACGCAGCGAAAAGAGAAAUCAACAUUUAACGCGUGCUUAAAACCCUAAGUUUAUCCUAUCUUUUCUCUAUGUAAAGCCGU